CCAAUGAGAGUUAAGGGCUGGAGCAUACCUGAGCACCCCUGGAGAGGUGAUAUACCCGUGAGAUUACCUCCUCGGCUAGCCAUUGCUACCUCGCCACCCAGCCGGUGUACCUGCGCUGCACUGACUUCUGCCAGCCCCUGGAGAGCAGAAGUUGCUACAGAAAAUUGUGAUAAUGGCGCAGAAUCAAUUGACAGCUGAAGAAAAAUAUGCUCUUCUCACUAGGAACCUCCAGGAAGUCUUAGGUGAACAGAAAUUGAAGGAUAUACUGAAAGAACGAGAAGUAAAGAUCUACUGGGGAACAGCUCCUACAGGAAAGCCACAUGUUGCCUACUUUGUGCCCAUGUCCAAAAUUGCGGACUUCCUCAAGGCAGGCUGUAAGGUGACCAUUCUCUUUGCUGACUUGCAUGCUUAUCUGGACAACAUGAAGGCCCCCUGGGAUCUAUUGGAAUUGCGGACGCAGUAUUAUGAGAACAUUAUUAAGUCCAUGCUGGAGAGCAUAGGAGUGCCAUUACAGAAACUGCGAUUUGUCAAGGGAACAAGUUUUCAGCUUAACAGAGACUAUACACUAGAUGUUUACAAGCUUGCCUCCCUUGUCACAGAACAUGAUGCGAAGAAGGCAGGCACUGAGGUUGUAAAGCAGGUUGAACACCCACUUCUGAGCGCCUUACUGUACCCUGGGCUGCAGGCCCUGGACGAAGAAUACCUGAAGGUAGAUGCCCAGUUUGGAGGAGUUGAUCAGAGGAAGAUCUUCACAUUUGCUGAAAAGUACCUUCCAUCAUUAGGCUUCCCUAAAAGAAUUCACUUGAUGAACCCCAUGGUGCCAGGGCUGACAGGAAGCAAAAUGAGUUCAUCUGAAGAGGAGUCUAAGAUCGAUCUAUUGGAUUCCAAGGAAGACAUAAAAAAGAAGAUUAAAAAGAGCUUUUGUGAACCAGGAAAUGUGGAAAAUAAUGGAAUCUUGUCCUUUGUUAAGCAUGUAUUCUUUCCUCUAAAUUCUGAAUUCGUAUUAAGGAGGGAAGAAAAAAUGGGAGGAAACAAAGUGUACACUUGUUUUGAAGAACUAGAAAAGGACUUUGCAGACAAAAAAGUCCAUCCAGCAGACUUGAAGAACUCUGUGGAGCAAGACCUGAACCACCUGCUGGACCCAAUAAGAAAGAAGUUCGAGUCACCUGAACUGAAGAAACUAGUCAAAGCAGCUUAUCCUUACUCAGAGAAAUAAUAUGAACAGUGAAAUGAACAUGAGGUUUAUGGAAACUAUUAAAUGUUGCUUGUGAGAUGACAACGCAGAGUUUAAUUUUGGGUUGGGGCAAGAAUUUAAGUGUAUGAGUCUGUUUAUUGUAUAUUUUCUUUAAUAAAAUAUGUACACUGA